CCCAUGUGAGCAGGCCGGAAACGGGAAAUCUCACCAUCGGUCCCAGGACUGAUGCUCAAGUGCGACUUGUCUCGACAAAUUGGAGUUGGAGGUCGCAAAGAUGAUGGAGUCUUGCGACAUUCAGAGGGGCGUCAAGAAGACGGUAAAAGAUGGACUUACAGUCAUCGAGGUCCUGCUGAAAGAAGCAAAAGCAAAGCAUGUCGCGGCCGAUGAGUCGGACGUCGAUUUGGCAUGCGUUCUGAGCGGUGCCGAGUGUAACCGCAAGGACCGUAAGGAAGAGAGAGAGCGUUCAUAUAGGCGUAAUCUCAAAAGCAUCAUAAGAGAUGCUCAGAAACGGAAGAGAGAGGGUGACAGUCCAGAAGAGACUCGAACCAAAACCGAUAAGAGGAAGAAGGAGGAAGCUCCUCCAAUGGAAACGGAAGUACCAGAUCCAAAGAUUCCUCAAUUGGAAAGAAUUGGGUCAAAAAGAUCCACAGUUCUAAUCCGAGUCGGUUAAGGAUUGACGUAUGCUGACGUUCUAGGUAAGCUUCGCAAAGAGGUUAACCCGGAGGACAGCCAUACGAGAAUAGUAGCAGCAAAAGCUACAAACAAGGGGGACCUUCUGAUUAAGUUCAGAGGAGACUCCGACAAGGACGCUUUCACCGCCGAGGUCACCAAAGCGGUUGGAAGCAUGGGUAAGGUGCAGUCAUUGGAUCGAAGAGU